AGGCCAACCACGUCACAAUAGAAAACACAAGGAAACUGACCGGAGAUUAUAUCAUCUUGGUCUUAACUCGCAGGAAAUGGCUACGAAAUACCCUCAAUGACUUUUCAAUCUAACAUUUUCAAUAUAAAAGGAUGGGUUUGUUGCCCAAAUGAACACAGAGCAUAGCAACUUAGCCAUUGGAUCCACAGCUAGGAGUAGCUAGUGCUAUAUUUUAGAUGAAUUCUAAGUGGGUAUGGAUGUUGGUGACUUUGGCUUGGGUGAACGGGUGGUGCCAUUGUUGUUUAGAGAAAGAGAGAAUCGGUUUGUUGGAGAUCAAAGCUUGGAUCAAUCACCCCAAUGGUAGUUCCUUAACCCACUGGGUGGAAAACAAAGAGGAUGAUGAUUGUUGUCAGUGGCAUGAGGUUAAGUGUGACAACACCACAGGGCGAGUGGUCGAACUCUCUCUUCCGUUUACAAGGGAGUAUUGGAUUUUAGGGGAUUUGUAUCUCAAUGCAUCUCUAUUUUUGCCUUUCAAAUACUUGAAGAGUCUCCACUUAGGUGGUAAUGGAUUGGUUGGUUGCUUUGAGAACCAAGGCUUGGAAGUCCUGUCAUCAACGCUGAGGAAAUUGGAGUUGCUUGACCUAAAUCUUAAUCAAUUUAACGACAGCACUCUAUCAUGUCUGAGUGGGCUUUUGUCUCUCAAGUCUCUGGAUCUAUCAAGGACGUUAUUGACUGGAUCAUCAGCAAUCAAGGAUUUAAGGAAGUUAGAAGUCCUUUUUUUGGACAACAUUUUCAUCAGCGAAAGCAUUUUGCUAGACUCACUGAGAGCCUUGCCAUCCUUAAAAACCCUAUAUGCUCGGGACAAUAAUUUCCUCGGAACACACACUGUUGAAGGGAUCUAUAAUUUGACCAACCUUGAAGAAAUAUUCCUUGAUGGUUCUUCUCUGCCAGAGAACUUUCUUCAGAAUAUUGGAGUAUUGUCUGCUCUUAGAGUUUUGUCUCUGACCUCUUGUCACCUCAAUGCUACUCUACCUACUCGAGGAUUCUUAAAUUUGACAAACCUUGAAGAAUUAUUCCUGGAUGAUUCUCCUCUCCCAUUCAAGUUUCUUCAGAGUAUUGGUGUAUUCUCCGCUAUCAAAGUUUUGUCUAUGAGUAAUUGUCAACUGAAUGGCACUCUACUCACUUCAGGCUGGUGUGAAUUGAAAAGGCUAGAACAGUUAGAUCUCUCUAGAAAUAAUCUAGAUGGUCUGCUGCCUGCUUGUUUUGGAAACUUGUCAUCACUGCAAUUAUUGGAUGUGUCCUACAAUCAACUCACAGGAAGCAUUGCCUCCGGUCCUCUUACCAGUCUCAAAUUCCUAAAAUACCUAUCACUAUCAAGCAACCAAUUUCAAGUCCCGGUUUCGUUUAAGUCAUUUAUGAACCACUCAGACCUCCAGUUCAUCUCCUGUGACAACAACAAACUAAUAAAGGAACCUACCUUUCAGAAUUUCAUUCCAAAGUUCCAGCUGAAGUUUUUUAGCUUGUCAAAUUGCAAAUCAAAAGCACUAAAUGCAAGUAUCCCCGACUUCCUCUAUAACCAAUAUGAUUUAAGAGUGCUUGAUCUCUCCCUCAACAGUUUCCCUGGAAUGUUCCCAUCUUGGUUGUUUGUGAACAACACAAAAUUGGAACAACUGUUCCUGAAAGGCAAUUCUUUCGUAGGUCCUUUUCAAUUGCCAUACCAUCCAAAUCCUAACCUUUGGAUACUGGAUGUUUCGAGCAACAGUAUACAGGAUCAAAUUCCGAGAAACAUGUGCUUGAUCUUUCCAUAUUUGAGGAAUUUAAGAAUGACCGAGAAUGGACUCACAGGUUAUAUUCCUUCUUGUUUUGGAAAUAUUAGCUCUUUGGAAGUUUUAGAUUUAUCCAACAAUCAAUUGUCUAGAGGAAUACUUGAGGAUCUGACCUCCUCAUUAUUGUUUCUCAAGUUGUCAAACAAUAAUUUGGGUGGGCAAAUAUCUCCCUCAAUUCUCAACUCAUCCCUUUUGGAGUUUCUCUACUUAGACGGCAACAAUUUUGAAGGAAAAAUAUGGGAUAUUUCGUUGAACACAUGGCCUUCCAUGUCAGCACUGGAUAUUAGCAACAACCAUUUCACUGGCAUGCUUCCGAAGUGGAUAGGCAAUAUUGCAUACAUUCGAGCAAUAGAUUUCUCGAGAAAUCAUUUUGAGGGUCAAAUUCCAGGAGAUUAUUGCAAGCUCGACCAGCUUGAAUUCCUUGACCUUUCUGAGAAUAGAUUGUCGGGCUUUCUACCUUCUUGCUUCAAUCUACCAAGUUUAUCCCAUGUUCAUCUAUCUCAAAAUCAACUGAGCGGUCCGUUAACAGAUUCAUUUUAUAACAGCUCUUACCUGGUUACGUUAGAUCUUAGAUAUAACAGCUUCACUGGCCCUAUACCAAAUUGGAUUGGCAAUCUUUCAACAUUGAGUGUUCUUCUUCUGAAAGCUAAUCAUUUUAGUGGUGAGUUCCCUGUUCAUUUAUGCUUGCUAAGCGAAUUAAGCAUUUUGGACAUGUCACACAAUAUGCUUUUCGGUCCUCUACCCUCUUGCUUGGGAAAUCUUACAUUUUUGACAAGUUUCAAGAAAGCUUUAGUUGCCUCUCACAUGUAUUUUGUGUACAAAUCCAGUGUCGGGAUUUACUCUAAAAAAUCCUAUGGUCGUUCUAGACUAGAACAUGGUGGAGAUAACACAGAGAAUGAAUCUCCUGCCCUCAUCGUCGAAGAAGUGAUUGAAUUUACAACGAAAGGGAAGUCUUAUGCAUACAAGGGCGACAUCCUCAACUUCAUGUCUGGUAUUGAUCUCUCCGACAACAGAUUCACAGGUGAAAUUCCAUCGGAAAUGGGAUACUUGAGGGAGAUACAUGCGUUAAAUUUGUCACACAACAAUCUGAUUGGAUCAAUCCCCACAACAUUCUUGAACUUGAAGAAUGUAGAGAGCUUGGAUCUUUCUCACAAUAACUUGACCGGUGCCAUCCCCCGACAACUUACUGAACUUACCUCAUUAGCAGUUUUUAGUGUAGCAUUCAAUAACUUGUCAGGCAAAACACCAGAGACAAAAAACCAAUUUGGGACCUUUGACGAGAGAAGUUAUAAAGGGAAUCCGCUUCUUUGCGGACCUCCAUUGAAAAACAGCUGCAGCGAACUUGAAUCACCUUCACAGUCUGAGCCAAAUGAUUCGAAUAGCGGGCGAGAACAUGAUGGAUUCAUGGACAUGAAUGUUUUCUGUGUGAGCUUCGGGGUAUGCUACACAAUUGUGGUACUAGCAAUUGCGUCAGUUUUGUACAUAAACCCAUAUUGGCGACAUAGGUGGUUUUACUUCAUUGAAGACUGCAUGGAGACUUGCUACUACUUUGUAUUGCAUACAUUUCAUAAGCUAUCCAUCCUCCUUCAUAAGGCCAUAGGGUCUUAUGCGUGCCUUUUCUUUUUUCAUAUUUUUUAGUUUGAACUAAUAAAA